UAUAUAUAGACAUAUAUAUCAUUAUAAUCAGGUUCUUAACAGCAACUUCUCCGAUCCAAAAUUGUGUGCCUCUUGAGGGAGAUUAAUUGUGAUAAAGAAGUGAUCAAAAGGCUGAUCAGAAUCAUGUGGAGGCUGAAGAUAGCUGACGGGGGAAAUGACCCUUACAUAUUCAGCACAAACAACUUUGUGGGAAGGCAGAUUUGGGAGUUCGAUCCCGACGCCGGUACGCCCGAGGAGCGAGCGGUGGUCGAAGAGGCUCGCCGUAACUUCUUCAACAACCGCCGUCAGGUCAAGCCCAACAGUGACCUCCUCUGGCGGAUGCAAUUCUUGAGAGAAAAGGACUUCAAACAAACAAUUCCUCCUGUUAAGAUUGAAGACGGUGAGAUUAUCACAUAUGAAAAGGCCACCGCUGCAUUGAGGAGGGCUGUACACUUCUUUUCGGCAUUGCAGGCUACUGAUGGGCAUUGGCCCGCUGAAAAUGCAGGCCCAUUGUUUUUCCUUCCUCCUUUGGUCAUGUGUCUAUACAUCACAGGACACCUUAAUACCAUAUUUCCCGUAGAGCAUCGUACGGAAAUUCUUCGCUACAUAUACAACCAUCAGAACGAAGAUGGUGGGUGGGGACUGCAUAUAGAGGGCCACAGCAUCAUGUUUUGCACGGUUCUGAGCUACAUUUGUAUGCGAAUACUCGGAGAAGGACCCGACGGCGGUCGAGACAAUUCGUGCGCGAAAGCAAGGAAAUGGAUUCUUGAUCAUGGCGGCGUAACGCACAUACCCUCUUGGGGAAAGACAUGGCUUUCAAUACUUGGUGUCUUUGAUUGGGCUGGAAGCAACCCCAUGCCUCCUGAAUUUUGGAUUCUUCCUUCUUUUCUUCCUAUGCAUCCAGCUAAAAUAUGGUGCUACUGUAGAAUGGUAUACAUGCCAAUGUCAUACUUGUACGGGAAAAGAUUUGUUGGUCCAAUUACACCUCUCAUUCUACAACUGAGGGAUGAACUUUAUACUCAACCUUACAAUGAAGUAAAUUGGAAGAAAGUACGACAUCUUUGUGCAAAAGAGGAUCUAUAUUAUCCUCAUCCUUGGAUACAAGAUCUACUUUGGGAUGGUCUAUAUAUUUGCUCCGAGCCACUUCUUUCUCGUUGGCCAUUAAACAAAUUGAUUAGAGAAAGAGCUCUUCAAGUGACAAUGGAUCAUAUCCAUUACGAGGAUGAAAAUAGUAGAUACAUUACUAUUGGAUGUGUGGAAAAGGUAUUGUGUAUGCUUGCUUGUUGGGUUGAAGAUCCAAAUGGUGACUAUUUUAAAAAGCACCUUGCAAGGAUCCCUGAUUACUUGUGGGUUGCUGAAGAUGGAAUGAAGAUGCAGAGCUUUGGAAGCCAGGAGUGGGAUACUGGUUUUGCCGUUCAAGCUUUGCUUGCUAGUAAUCUCACACACGAAAUUGGACCAACUCUAGCCAAAGGUCAUGACUUCAUAAAGAAAUCUCAGGUGAAAGAGAAUCCUUUGGGCGACUUUAAAAGUAUGUAUCGCCACAUGUCUAAAGGAUCAUGGACAUUUUCUGAUCAAGAUCAUGGAUGGCAAGUUUCUGAUUGCACCGCAGAAGGUUUAAAGGCUUGCCUGUUGCUCUCUUCUAUGCCACCGGAGAUUGUUGGUGAAAAAUUGGAGCCUAAGCGACUCUAUGAUGCUGUAGAUGUUCUACUUUCUCUUCAGAGUAAGAAUGGCGGUUUAUCUGCAUGGGAGCCGGCAGGUGCACAAGAGUGGUUGGAAGUACUUAAUCCCACCGAGUUCUUUGCGGACAUUGUUGUCGAGCACGAAUACGUAGAAUGCACUUCAUCAGCACUCCAAGCUCUGGUUUUGUUCAAGAAGUUGUACCCUGGACACAGGAAAAAGGAAAUUGAAACUUUUAUAACAAAUGCUGUUGGGUUCCUACAGGACAUACAAAUGCCAAAUGGCUCAUGGUAUGGCAAUUGGGGAGUUUGCUUUACAUAUGGUACAUGGUUUGCUUUGGGAGGACUAGCAGCUGCUGGCAAGACAUACAAUAACAAUUCUGCCAUUCGAAAAGCAGUUGAAUUUCUACUCGCAACUCAAAGAAAUGAUGGGGGUUGGGGUGAGAGCUAUCUUUCAUGCCCAAACAAGGAGUAUGUACCUUUUGAAGGAAAUCGAUCUAAUUUAGUACAUACUGCAUGGGCGAUGAUGGGCCUAAUACAUGCUGGCCAAGCAGAAAGAGAUCCAAAUCCUCUUCAUCGUGCAGCAAAGUUGAUCAUUAAUUCUCAAAUGGACGAUGGUGAUUUUCCACAAGAGGAAAUAACAGGAGUUUUCAUGAAGAAUUGUAUGUUACAUUAUGCAGCAUAUAGAAACAUCUACCCACUUUGGGCACUUGCAGAAUACCGUAGGCGGAUUCCACUACCUCCCAAGGCAUGAGUCAAGCACAUAUAUGAUAAAGUGAUAUUUUCCAAUUCACACAUAUUGUUCUUUUAUCUUUUCGAAAGAAUCGGCCAAUGAGUUUUGAUUCGAUUUUAUAUUAAUUUUAUUAUCAUAUCUCAUAUACCAUGUUUAGGAAAAUGUUGUACUUUAAAAACA